AUGACUACCGAUCCGAUGCAGUCAAGUAUGAACGCAGAAGAUAGAAACGAGAAAGACAUUGGUGCGACUCUACCUACCGAGCUUCACAAUGACCGAAACAUUCGACGCAUCAUUGAACUGCAGAAUUCCGCCAUCCUCGAAGCUAGCGCAGCUCGAGCGAUGCAAAUCCUCGAAAGCUUCAAGCAGACCUUUGUCAAUUGCACUGCAUCUAAGCCCAACAUAGAGGUGGCCUCCUGGAUAAAGACUAUAGCAACACUGAUUCUACAAGCUCAGCGAAAGCGCACUGUCAUAGGUGUGGUAGGCAACACAGGAGCUGGAAAGACCAGUGUAAUCAACGCGAUGCUUAAUGAAGAGCGCCUCGUCCCUACCAACUGCAUGCGGGCUUGCACCGCUGUUGUUACUGAGAUAUCUUGGAACAACAGUGACCAAGCUUCUUCCAAGUAUCGUGCGGAGAUCGAGUUCAUCAGUCCCGAAGAUUGGGAAAAAGAGCUCUUAGUACUUAUGCGAGAGUUUUCUUCUGAGAAUGACACACUAUCGCGCGAAGCCCAGGAUUCAAACUCCGAUGCCGGCGUUGCAUGGGCAAAGUUUCACGCUGUUUAUCCAUCUGUGCCAAAGGAUAAAUUGCACGAGAGCACUAUACCCACUCUCAUGUCGGAUAUCGCUGUCAGUAGCGUUCUCGGAACCACUAAACAGAUACACAUGAGCUGGUCAGAAAAUUUCUAUAUUGAGCUCCAAAAAUACGUCGACAGUAAAGAAAAGGUGUCCAAAAAGAACAAAAGCAAGAGUAAGCCGCAAACCUCGUCAUCUGAGAUGGAGUACUGGCCUUUGAUCAAAGUCGUCAAGAUAUACACCAAGAGCUCAGCGCUAUCAACAGGCGCCGUAAUUGUGGAUCUGCCAGGCGUCCACGACAGUAAUGUUGCUAGAGCUGCCGUAGCUCAGGGUUACAUAAAGCAAUGCACGGGUCUGUGGAUCGUUGCUCCGAUCAAUCGCGCUGUAGACGACAAAGCUGCCAAGACUCUUCUUGGAGACUCUUUCAAGCGCCAGUUAAAGUACGACGGUGGCUUUUCGAACGUAACGUUCAUUUGCUCAAAAACAGACGAUAUUUCCAUCACUAAGGCGGUUGAUAGUCUUGAGCUGGAUGGAGAGAUCGCAGAACUCGAACAGCAAAGCGGGAGUUACGACGAACAGAUCGGACAAGUUCAGGGCAGAAUCAAAGAACUUAAAGAGUCACAGCAAGUAUACAAACUUGCGAUGGAAAACUUGGCCGAGGAAAUUGAGACCUGGGAGGCACUCGAAGCGCGAGUACAAGAGGGAGAGCUAGUGUACGCACCUAUCACUCAGCCCAAGAAGCGCAAAAAUACCAGCUUGGAUAGACAACCGUUGAAGAGACAGAAGUUACAACAGAACUCUGAUGAUGAAGUUUCUGGCUCUGACGACAAAAUCUCCGACUCCGAUGACGAAGUUCAGUUCCAGGUUGAGCGAGUCUUACUGUCUGAGUUGGACAUCAGGAGCAAGAUCAAGGAGCUAAGGGAGAACAAGAAGAACGCUCGGCAGGAAAACACUAAGAUGCAACGUGCGAUUGAUAACCUGAGACCUCAAGUCAGAACGUUGCAAACCGAAAAGGGUAAGAUCAAAGCAGAGAUGAGCCGGAUCUGCAUUGCUGGACGCAAUCUCUACUCCAGAUCUGCUAUUCAGCAAGAUUUUGCUGCAGGUAUCAGGGAAAUUGACCAAGAGAACGCUGCUGAAACAAAUGAGGACAGCUUUGACCCUGAUGAAGAGAUGCGCAAUUAUGAGCAAGUCGCGAAGUCCUUACCCGUCUUCUGUGUCAGCAGCAGAGCAUAUCAAAAGAUGUGUGGGCGCAUGCAGAAGGACGACAAUGUGCACGGCUUCACAAGUUUAGAAGAGACUGAAAUCCCGCAGCUCCAGAUUCAUUGCAAGAAGCUCACCGAGGCUGGCCGAAUUCAGUCAAGCCGAACAUUCCUAGCGGGUUUCCUUCAACUGUUGAUCACUUUCAGGCUAUGGACGUCGGAGAACAGUCCUGACUUGAAGUUGAGUGAGAAAGAUAAACAGCAGCACCUGGAGUUUCUAGUGCGAAGGAUGGAAGAGCUGAAUACGGGCUUUGAUGACAGCGUGCGUACAUGUGUCAAGCAGGUGAUGUCCGAGGUGAAGCUUCAAAUCUCCGACAGGUUCCCAGAACUUGUCAAUGAUGCCAUCGAGGCUGCGCCUGCAACAGCUGACGCCUGGGGUCAGAAGGACCAAGGAGGUCUAAAUUGGGGCACGUACAAAGCCGUAGUCCGCCGUGCGGGUGUCUACCAUUCUACAGCAGUGGGGAAGCGAGACUUCAACUCGGAUCUUGUCGAACCCAUAAUGAAGCGGCUCGCUACAGGCUGGGAGCGUACAUUUCAGAGACGCCUCCCAGAAGCACUUAACAGCCACAUCGAUGACCUCAACAAACUCCUUAAUAAUACCCACAGAGCCAUCGAAGUUCGUGCUCAAAACACUGGGAUUGGACUUGCCAACGUAUCCAUUUUGAAGACACGACUCCCGAUCUACGAAGAUGUCUUGAAGGCAUAUGGUGUUGAUCUUGUCAAUCAGAUGAACGAUAUCCAACGCGAAGCUAAUCGUAACUUUACGCCUUGCAUUAUGGACACGAUGCGUGAUGCAUAUAACAUAUGCGCCGCACAGAAUGGUCUGGGGUCGUUCAAGCGGAUGAAGGAACACAUGACAAGCCAUGUUGUGCUUGCUCGACAUACAAUGUUCCGUAAAGCGGUUCAGAGAGUGGACAAGCGUCUCGAAGCCAUGUACAAAAACCUGCGUAGGCAGAUAAAAGCCAAAGCCUCUGAAAUAUCUGUCAACGUGGAAAUGGACUACACACGUGCGCUCGCUAACCAACCUACGCGAGUACUGAUCAAGGAAGAGCGUGAGAUGAAGUCAGCGACUCGUCAGAUCUUGAGAGGUAUAGAUGCGCAGUUCGAGCCCAUCGCCAAUGGAAAUCUCAGCUCAGUCUAUCCAAAAGCACCUAAGGAUGCCCAGAGCAAAGAGCCGGUUCACGAUGGUACAGAGGAGCAUCAUGGUAUGGAUCAUUCGGGACAAGAGUCUUCUAAAGAGGCCGAUGAAAAGUCCAACAAUGUACCCAGGACCUUGUGGGAGAAGUUCAGGUCAUACAAUCAGCCAUAUGUCGAGGAUGACAUGGAUGAUGAUGAGUAG